AUGUCGGGCAGUCGUACUCUCGACGAAAAGUGCGGCGAAUCGAACGUUCGAGAUGAGCUUGCCAGCCAUGCAAUCGUUACUCACUCAUUCUCGAAACGGAGCAAUAAGCUAAGAGAACGAUACAAGCCUCAGCCAAGCAGCAUUCCGUUCCUACCGGGUCAGUUGAACGAUACCUCAGUCGCCCGACAAGAUAAAGGCAUCGACUCGUUCGCUAGCUGUCACCGCAAAUAA